GGAAUGACCAAUGGCACUUCUAAACAACUUGUGACCUCCUGACACUUGCAAGUCGCAGUUCUUCAAUCACCUUUCAACUCGCUAAUCUAUCGCUCAAGAAGGAGGCUCUGUAUAGACAGCCUCAUAUCUUUCUGUUUUACACUUUUCCCGACUCCGCGUCUCGCGCUCGCCGCAGCAAAUGCUCUCCCACUAUACAUUGCGCCACUCUCACACUCCAACCCACAAUGGCGGCCCUCGUAGCCGCGUCGCCAGUCGCCGCUGUCGGCGAGAGCGCGUUUCGUCGACAAAGGACCCCGAAGUGGUGGAAUACUGGAAUGGAUGAAUGGCCGUUGUCGCAUAGUUACGAGACGCGGGAGGCUGGCAGGAUUUCUCCAAAUAAUGUAGCCGAUUGGCGCUACAGACGGCACACCGCCAUGUUGAAGAACAACAGGCCGACUGAACGGAUCAAGAUCCCGAGUUAUGAGGCCUAUCUAGAAGUCACUGCGCUGGUCGCAGCUUUGUUACAGGAGGUCUCCGACUACAUUCAACCUUACAUAACCACUGGGUCCUCGAAUUGUCAACAGCGCCUUCCGUCGCAGGCGCUUUCCGAACCUCUAGCAUAUGCAGCGGUCUUUGCCACCGCAGAACAGCCACCCUUGUCCUCCAGCCUACGCCACAAAUCUUCAUCCGUGGAAAUGGAUGCGAGCAUAAACUUCGGUGACACCACUGGUAUACAGACGCGGGGCAAGAAGCAAAAGAAGAAAGCUGCCCAGCAGGCCAAAUGGUUCGAUUCCGACAACGAAGGAGAGGGAGCCGCGCCCGGCGAAGGCGGUGGUGAUGGCACUGGGGAGGGUGCUGGUGCUGGAGGGAACGCUGGUGGUGACGGUGGCGGCGAUGAUAAUAAGGGAGGUGGCGGAGAUGACGACGAUUGGGAUUUUGGUGGUAGUAAGAAGAACAAGAAGAAGAGCAAAAAGAAGCAAGAGGAGGAAGAAGAGCAGAAGAAGAAAGAUGAGGAAGAGGCUGCGAAAGGUUCUGCUAAUCCUCUUAGUUGGGCCGACGAGGCUAACGAUGCCGCUGCCGACGAAGAUUGGACCACGGGAUUUCCGGCGAAGAAGGACAAGAAGAAGAAAAAUAAGAAGGGUGCCGACGAAGAUCCACCAGCAACCUCAGCUUUCCAAGAUAUCAGCUUGGACGAUACUGCUCCCAAACUGGAGUUUAGCUUCGGCGCUUCUGAGAGCAAGAAGGACACCGGAGGCUUCGGCGCGUGGGGAAAGACCUGGGACUUUGGUUCGCUUGACACCGACACCAAGGCUGAGGACAAGGCUGCCAAAGACAAGGACAAGAAGGAGAGCUCUACUGACUUUGGCGACAACAAUCCUUGGUCAGUGGGAAAUAAAUCCAAGAAGAAGACUUCGGCGUAUAGUGGCUUCGACUUUGGCGACCUGGACUCUGGAAAUAACACAUUCGACCUUGACGGCGAGGCGAAAGACACCAAGGGUACGGAUGAUGCCUGGGGUUUCGCCUCAAGCAAAAAGGAUAAGAAGAAGAAAGCUGUCAUUGAAGAGAAGAAAGAAGAAGAGCCUGCACCUGCCGAGGCCGAGACCAAAGAAGAGGAUUCAUGGGGUGCUUGGGGCACAACCACGAAAAAGAAGGACAAGAAGAAAAAGGGCUGGUUGGAUGAUGAUCCUAUUGAAACGCCACCGCCGGUUGCUGAACCAGAGCCACCUGCCGCAGAGGAUGAAUGGGCGUCAUUUUCCACCAAGAAAGACAAGAAAAAGAGCAAGAAAGGUGCUGCAGAAGAGCCUGUCACCGAUACCAAAGAUCCCGUCAUUGAGGCCGGAGGCACUGACAGCGGCUUUGACUGGGGAUUUGGGACCAGCAAGAAGGACAAAAAGGCAAACAAAGGCUUUUCGGCUCUCGAUGAUGACCUUCUGGCCUUGCCCGAGCUUGCUGAACCAGAAAAAGCAGCGGAUGAGGGUGACGACUGGAUGGCUGCUGCAUGGGGAACCAAGAAGAAAGACAAAAAGGGCAAGAAGACAGGAAUAGAGGAUCUCUCAGCUUCCGUCGACCUAGGAACAGCAGCCGAUACAAAACCGUCCACGACAGACCCCUUGCCAGAGGAUGACACUUGGGCGUCAUUCGGCACAGCGAAAGGCAAGAAAGACAAGAAGGGCAAGAAGGCCACAUUAGUGGAAGAGAUUCCACCACCGCCUCCGCCUGAGCCCGAACCUCCAGCCGAUGCUGAUGACUUUUGGGGCACAAUCGGCAAAAAGGACAAAAAGGGUAAGAAGAGUAAAGGGAUAAGUCCAGAACCCUCGAUACCUGAUGUCAUUCCAGAAAUUCAGGAUGAACCUGAACCGCCGAAAGAGGAAGUGGUAGAAGACUGGAGUCACCUUUCUGCUAAGGAGAGGAGGAAAAAAGAGAAGGAGGCCAAGAAGAAAGGUCUCCCUAUCCCUUCCGAGGAGCCACCUCCACCUCCGCCUCCGCCUGAGCCUGAGCCUGAGCCUGAGCCCGAGCCCGAGCCCGAAGUCAAGGGAGACGAUACCUGGACCGGCUGGGGUGCAACGAAGAAGGAUAAAAAGGGCGCCAAGAAGAAGGGAUUCCUUGAUUUUGACGAUGAUCCUCCUCCACCUCCACCCGAGCCUGAGCCGGAAGCAAAGGUUGAGGUGGAAGAUAGCUGGGGUAUGUCGACUAAAGAUAAGAAGAAGUCCAAGAAGAAAGGCAUCCAGGAUCCCGUAGACGAGCCGCCUCCGCCGCUUCCUGAGCCUGAACCGCCGGUCGAAGAUUUCGGCGAGCUGGACUUCGGCUUGUCUGCCAAAGAGAAGAAAAAGAAGGAGAAGGAGGCUAAAAAGAAGGGGUUCUUUGACUUUGAUGACGAACCUCCUCCACCUCCACCGGAGCCUGAACCAGAACCCGAAGAGGACAGCUGGGGUGGUUUUGGACUUUCUGUCAAGGACAAGAAGAAGAAGGAGAAGGAGGCCAAAAAGAAGGCCGCCGAUCCUCCGCCUGAACCCGAGCCCGAGGUGCAGAUGGAAGUCAAUGAAGACGAUACUUGGGCUGGUUUCGGGCUGUCUGCGAAGGACAAGAAAAAGAAGGAGAAGGACGCAAAAAAGAAGACAGCAGCAGAGCCUGAACCGGAAGCCAUCCCCGAACCAGAGCCUCAGGAAGAUACGUGGGCUUCCUGGGGCACUACCACCAAAGACAAGAAAAAGAGCACCAAAGACAGCAAGACGAAAGGUAUCGUCGAGGUUGCUGAGCCUAUGGAGCCAGAGAAAUCCAGCAAAGCCGUUGAGGAUGAUGUCUGGGGAGCAUGGGGGACAAAGGAUAAGAAGGGGAGUAAGAAGUCGAAAUCCAAAGAAGAGCCACCUCCACCUGCUCCCAGUCCACCAGCUCAAGGUCUUACUCCCGAGCCAGAGUCAUUGGAUAUUUUAGACAACGACGACACCUGGGCGGCUCUCACGACGACUAAGAGCAAGGGUGCAUCUAAGAAAAGCACUACCUCCAAGAUCAGCGCCGAGAAAGAGAAGUCGAAAAAGAGCAGCUUCUUUGACGACAUUGUGGAAAGUCCUGUCGAAGAAGCGAAACCCAAAGUCAGCAAGAGUAGUGCAUGGGGCUUCGAACCAACUACGACAAGCACGAAGUUGACGAAGAAGGAAAAAGAGGCAAAAGCUAAGAAAGAGGCCGAAGAACAAGCCAAAAAAGAAGAGGAAGAAAGGCUUGCUCGCGAGGCUGAAGAAGCCGAGGCUGCACGAUUGGCCGAAGAGAAGGCUGCGAAGAGCUCCAAGACUAAGACCAGCAAAUCUUCCAAACUUGAGACAAAAUCGAGCAAAAGCAAGAAUACUGAUGAUUUUCUUGAUAUCCUCGAUGAUCCAGCUCCAGCAGCGAAAUCCGACAAGCUGUCCAAAACGAAGAAAGUCUCAACGGAAAAAGAAGAGCAGAAAGAGAAGGAAAAGGCUGACGACUAUUUUGGAUUCUGGGGUAGCGCGUCGACGAGCAAAAAGACAGCUGGCAAAAAGGAGGUUGAUUCCAAAAAGGAAAUUACCAAACAUGCCUCCACCAAUGAGGCUGAUGCACUAGCUGGCCUCACUAAAGAUCUCGACCUACUUGACCUUGACAAGCCGACAUCCUCUUCCAAGAUCUCGAAAGCAAUGAGCUCGGGAAAGACCAAGAUCUCUUCUUCAGUGGCAGAUCGUAUCAAAGCUCUCGAAGGAGGCAAGAAGGAAGACAGCGGAAAGAAGUCGAAGACGGACGAGGUGCUGACUAAGGAUUUGCCUUCAACCAAGGACGCGCCAUCGCCCAAAGAGGAAAAGAAGCCAAAGGACAAGGCAUCAGCAUCAGCAUCAGCCUCAAAAACGGCCGUUUCCACCUUGAAGUCUUCCAAGAAGAAAUCAGACGCGUCUCCUGUUGCAGAACAGAAAAAGUCCAAAGACUCAGUGCCUGGAAGUUUCCCUGGCGCGUUCGGCGACGACUUGGACGACUUUCUUGGUGGAGACAACUCAUCUAUGCCCAAAUCACCCGAGAAGUCCAAAUCUAAGACGAAAGAGGUCGAGAAGAAGAGCUCAAAAUCAAAGACCACCACGUCGAAAGAGCCAACCGCUAAGAACAUUGACAAGAAAGCUGAAGAUCCUCCAAAGCUUCCGACUCCACCGCCUGAGGGGAAGAAGUCCACAAAGAAAGAACGCCCCAAGGUUGAACGUUCUGCCACAUCCUCGUGGGGAUUCUGGGGUGCAGCACCGCCGCCGCCUGUGAAGAAGUCGAGCAAGGAUAAAGCCAAGGAUGAUGUUGAAACGCCCGCGCUCGUCAAGAAAGAAAAGUUGCCCUCCAAUCUGACACGGGUCAAGUCAACCCGAACACCAAAGGAGCUAGAGCGAGAAGACAAAAAGGAUGCAGAGAAGCUCUCUAAGUCUUCUGACUCAGACAAGGACACCAAAAUGAAGAAAGACAGCAGGCCAACUCCAACCCGGGGUACCUCCUUUUCGAAUUUCAUGUUUGGUGGACCUCCGCCUUCGGCAAUGCGCUCGAAGCCGACGCGAAGGACCAGCGAUGCAACAAGUUCUAGGCCGCCAUCGUCUAGACGUCAGUCUGUGGAUGGUUUGCUCUCACCUCCUCCCGAUGAUGAGCGGGUUACGGAGAAGGCGGCUAAACUCAUGGGCAUCAAAUCCAGCAAGCUCGGGCGGCGGCCGUCUGUGAAGGGCAAGGUUCCUGAUCCAUACGCUAUCGACGAUGAUGACAUGGUGAUGAUCCACACCUAUGAAAACCCACCCGCCGUCAAUGGUGCGUCUGCCACGGAGAAAUCAAAGUCCAAAGCAUCAAAGUCGAAGAAAGAGGCCAAGACACACAAGAAAGAAGCCUCUCAAGAUGAUGAUGUGGUGAUGGUCGAUACGGCCCCGAAUGGAGAUCCCCUAGUGACUAGCGGACCCGACGAUCUUGCCUUUGUGGAUUACCCUCCCCCUUUGAAACGAAGCAAUACCACAUCGAAGAGAUCGAGUGGCUUGUUUGGCAGUUUUUUUGGAGGCCCAAAACGUGGGGAGCCCGAGAGAGAAAGACAGAGGAGUAACACUCUGACUGAUGCUGAGGACCAGCUGCCAAUCCGGAACAAGGAGCGAUCGAAGAGAAAAUCUCGUGCCCUCGAUGCUGAGGAUCUUACCACCGAUGCACCUGCUGAAACCGACGCCGACGUGGAAGCUCGGCGAGCGGAACGAAAAGCCAAACGACAGGCACGUGAUGAAGAGGAAGAGGCUGAACGGAUGGACCGUGAGCAGAGACGCAAGGAGAGGAGAGACAGAGAGAAGGCCGACCUUGAGGCUCGUCAACGCAAAGCUCGUGAGCGGGCAAGAAAGGAGCAAGAAGAGGAAGACAAGCGCCGCGAAGAGAAGCGAGCUCGUCGGGCGGCAAAAGAAGCACGCAUGCAACAAGAAGAAGCCGAGAUGGAAGCCGAAGCAGAACGACGUCGGGAAGAACGGAGACGUCUUCGCGCUAAGCUCGAAGCUGAACAGGGUGGAGAUCUCGAGAAGGCAAAAGAGGAGCGCCGGAAAUUCUAUUUUGCCGAGGAAGAGGACGCAAAAAGACGCAGAGAGGACCGAAAGGGAAAAGACAAGGACCGUGAUCGAUCGAGUCGCAAUAGAGCAACCGCAUUGGUUGAGGAGUACCAUUCAAGCCGAAGUGGUAGUGGUAAGGGGUUCGCACCUCCAGCGAACAAGACAAGUUCUUGGAUAAACUCGCAAGCCGAUGAGCCACCAGAGAUACCACCAGUGGCCGGAACUAUCUUGGACCCAUCUGGCGAAAAGCCUCGAGCAGCCGCUGAAGAGCUCGACCGCAAGCGCCGCAGUCGACAUCAGGACAAAUAUGCCGGAAUGACCGAAGCUGAGAUCGAUGAACAGCGUGCCCGACGAAGAGCCGCUCGUCAUGGCGAGGUAAAGAGUGCCAGUAACGGUAGCGACGAAAAGGACAAGGAGCGAGAAAGAAGAGAAAGACGCCGGCGUCGAGAUCUCGAUCCUGCCGAUGAUCGUGGCUAUGGCGGCUACGGGUACGAUGAAGCGCCUGUGAAGACAUGGGACGGUCGACCGGCGCUCGGCAGGAAUGACAGCAAGCGGAAGAGCUUCUUGGGCGGUCUUUUCUAAUUGACUCAUGAAAGACGCGUCCGGAGACAUCUUGUCGUCAACAUGUGGACUCAUCUUUCCCUCACCAACAUCGGCAUCAUCCAGCAUGUCUACUCAAUCUUCACAAUAUCGGCUUUUCUCACGGCAUAGGUGCCCCAGGUAUGGGAAGCGAGGGCAGUUUUUGAUUAGCAUCUUUUCAGCAGGUAGAGGCAAGCGUUGUUUUAUAUUGCAUUGGUUUUUAUCUGAAGGUACACACAAUAUGGGUUGAGCCUGGUCGGAGAGGCUUAUGGGUUCACUUCUGUUGCACCGGCAAUGGCCAUGGAGGCUCAAGACCUUACAUUCUCAGCACUCGACUCGCCGAGAGACCGGUGCUGGCAUCGGAACGGAUUGCGUCGUGCUUGACAUUGUCUGUGUUGGGUGGAUUGAUGAUUGAUGAUUGCGGUUAUAUUUUUGUUCUUGUUGUUGGAUAGAUAC